AUGCAGUUACUAGCGACGGGGAGGGCGAUCCGAUUCUCAGGCAGAUGGCCUCUGGCAGCACCGCGGCCGAUAUAUAUCCAACGGUCCUUUCAACCGGCACUGCGCCCCCGGUUCAACAGCUCUACAACAGCUUUAAAAGACAAGGAAGCUCUCAGAUCCAAGCCGGUAUCAUCAAUUGCCUCUUCAUCCCCGGUUUUUGCAGUGGGAAACAAGUCCUACGAGCCCGAUGAAUGGACAAACGCUCCCACUCAUAUCCUUUCACACCUUGGCCGCGGUCUAUAUCUAGACGAAAACCACCCUCUCUCUAUAACCCGAAAGCUCGUCGAGAGCCAAUUCGCAGGCCCCGAAUAUGGGAACUAUGCUGAAUCAGAACCAAUUGUUCCGGCGGCGCAGAACUUCGACGACCUAGGCUUUCCAGCAGACCACCCUGGACGGAGUCGGACAGACACAUACUACUUGGACAGACAGACCGUGCUACGGACACAUACAAGUGCGCAUCAGCGAGCAUACUUUCAGCAAAUGAACAGAAAUGAAACGACGAAGCCGGAGGAGAAGGGGUACACAAUUGUAGCGGACGUCUAUCGCCGUGAUGCCAUUGAUCGAAGCCAUUAUCCUGUCUUCCACCAGAUGGAGGGUGCACGGCUGUGGAAACGGCCUGAGAACGAGCCGUUGAAGUCCUCUAAGCAGACAGCUGCAGAAAUAUGGAAAGACGUUGAAACCCUGCCUCGUCAUGAUGUUGUGGUAGAAGACCCUAACCCGACGAUACAUCCAACUCGCAACCCGCUACAAGACAAAUACCAUACCGCGGAAGAAGUUGAGGCAAUGACUACACAUCUAAAACGCUCUCUGGAACUUCUCGUCAUCAGGAUCUUUUCCGCCGCAAGAGCUGCCACUGAAAACCCGGCCGCAGCUCGAGAACCGCUGAAAAUCAGAUGGAUUGAAGCAUACUUCCCCUUCACCAGCCCGUCCUUUGAGCUCGAAGUCUUCUGGCAAGGUGAAUGGUUGGAACUCCUUGGCUGCGGUGUUGUCAAGCAAGAGCUUCUCAACUCGUCUGAUGUCCCCCAUAGAAUCGGCUGGGCUUUUGGCCUUGGUCUCGAACGAAUUGCAAUGCUUCUCUUCAACAUACCUGAUAUCCGACUGUUCUGGUCCAAGGACCCCAGGUUUCUUUCCCAGUUCCAGGCCGGCAAGAUCACCCGCUUCACGCCCUUCUCUAAGCAUCCUGCAUGCUACAAAGAUGUUGCCUUUUGGUUACCCCCAUCAGCCGCAGGCUCUGUAAGCGCAGCUGGGGGAGGCGUGCCGUUCCAUGAAAACGAUAUAAUGGAAAUAGUACGUGGUUCUGCUGGUGAUUUGGCAGAGGAUGUAAAAUUGGUUGAUGAAUUUACGCAUCCUAAGACGGGGAGAAAGAGCUUAUGUUAUCGAAUCAACUAUAGAAGUUUGGAAAGGACGUUAACGAACGAGGAGACAAAUCAACUGCAUGAUAAGGUAAGGAAAACGCUGGUCGAAACCGCCGGGGUUGAACUGAGAUGA